AUGACAGGACUGAACGUAGUAGCUAAUGUAGUAGUUCUUGGGACAGGCAGAGUUGGAAAAUCUGCGCUGACAGUCCGCUUCUUAACUAGAAGAUUCAUUGGAGAAUAUGGGGAUAUUGAAUCAAUCUUCAGCCACAAUGUUAUCGUGGAUGGAAGGGACAUAACUUUUAACAUCUGGGAUUCACCGUAUUAUCAGGACCUGUCCAGGGAGACCUCCCUAUAUGAGAAGAGAGUCCAGUGGGCAGACGGUUUUGUCCUGGUCUAUAGCAUCUGUGACAGGGCUAGCUUCAACGCUGUCACCAAGCUGAUCCAGUCCAUCAAGGACUACCUGGGCAUGGACAAGGUGCCCAUUGUGAUCGUGGGCAACAAGAAGGACCUGAAUCACAGACGGACAGUCCUCAGUGAGGAGGGCAGACUGCUAGCCCUCACCACAGCCUGCCAGUUCUAUGAGGUUACAGCUGCUGAGAACUACAAUAGUAUCCUCAUGGUGUUUCACGGACUAAUAGACAGGAUACGGGCUUCCAAGGCAUCCAUUAAGAGGCCAGCUGGAAUCAAGGGUAUAGUGAAAAUCAUGUCUGCAGUUUUUACCAGGAAACGAACAGAUUCUCUGUGA